GAGCCCCGGCCUGUCUCCCAGCUGCCGGGAGCAGCUCUUUCGCUGCGUGCUGACCCCCAGGAACGCCCGCUAACUCAGGGCGCUGCGGGACCCUCCACCCGGGACGCCCGCUCCUCCCCGGGCCUCUGCUCGCUUGCCCGCCCGUGAGUCCGUUCCCCUCGUCGGCCUCUCGGAUCGGGGACGUAGGGCGAGCUGAGAGCAGGCCCGGGGAGGGUGGUGACCACCGCGGAGGAGCUGUGGCUGUCAAGAUGAUAGAGGUACUGACAACUGACUCUCAGAAACUGCUACACCAGCUGAACACCCUGUUGGAACAGGAGUCUAGAUGUCAGCCAAAGGUCUGCGGCUUGAAACUAAUUGAGUCUGCACAUGACAAUGGCCUCAGAAUGACUGCAAGGCUCAGGGACUUUGAAGUAAAAGAUCUACUUAGUCUAACUCAGUUCUUUGGCUUCGACACAGAGACGUUUUCCCUAGCUGUGAAUUUACUGGACAGAUUCUUGUCUAAAAUGAAGGUACAGGCGAAGCAUCUUGGGUGUGUUGGACUGAGCUGCUUUUAUUUGGCUGUAAAAUCAAUAGAAGAGGAAAGGAAUGUCCCAUUGGCAACUGAUUUGAUCCGAAUAAGCCAAUAUAGGUUUACAGUUUCGGACUUGAUGAGAAUGGAAAAGAUUGUGUUGGAGAAAGUGUGUUGGAAAGUCAAAGCUACUACUGCCUUUCAAUUUCUGCAAAUUUAUUACUCACUCAUUCAAGAGAGCUUGCCAUUUGAAAGGAGAAACUAUCUUAAUUUUGAAAGACUAGAAGCCCAACUUAAGGCAUGCCACUGCAGGAUCAUAUUUUCUAAGGCAAAGCCUUCUGUGUUGGCCUUGUCUAUCAUUGCUUUGGAGAUCCAAGCAUUAAAGUAUGUAGAGUUAACAGAAGGAAUCGAAUGUAUUCAAAAACAUUCCAAGAUAAGUGGCAGAGAUUUGACCUUCUGGCAAGAGCUGGUAUCCAAGUGUUUAACUGAAUAUUCAUCAAACAAGUGUUCCAAACCAAAUGUUCAGAAGUUGAAAUGGAUUGUGUCUGGACGCACCGCACGGCAACUGAAGCAUAGUUAUUACAGAAUAACUCACCUCCCAACAAUUCCUGAAACGGUUUCCUAGUUGGUAAAUCUAAUUGUUAUUCUCUGUGUACAGAAAAUUUGCCAGUAUGGUAAUUUUCUCCUACAACUAAAGAAUUGAAAUACCAUCUUCAAUAUAAAUAGUAUGGGAUUGAAGUAGUAAAGGGAAAAGUGACUGUGUUGAUCUAGUUAGUGAAUACUGGACGAUAUUUCCUGUGGACAACGAACAGCAGUCUCCAGAGACAGGACUUAGCAAGUCUCUAAAUAUGUGUUAACACUUGCUUAGUCAAAUUAUUAGCUUAGGAAAGAGAAUCCUCCAACCCGAAAACUUACAAGCAGUUAAUGAGGCUGGACACUGGUGGCACAUGUCUUUGAUCCCAGCACUUGGGAGGCAGAGGCAGGCAGAUCUCUGAGGUCAAGACCAACCUGAUCUACAGAGCGUGUUCCAGGACAACUCGGACUGUUACACAGAGAAGCCCUGUCUCAAAAACAAAACAAAACAACAACAACAACAACAAAAAAAACCCAAAAAAACAAACAAAAAAGUAGUUGGUGAAAUAGUAUUUCUUUAAAUUACAUAUUAUAUCACUGUAGCUUAUUUAAAGUUACAUAAACCCAAGCAGAAGAAUGAAACAAAAAGUUUGACCCAUAUAUGAACAAAUUUAAAUGUGCUGGUUGAUUAAGAAAAUGUAGUUUGCACAUGGGUGAUGUACUUUCAAAGUAAUAUAGGUGGAAUGUAACAGGAAAUUAAUAAAAAAAAAAAAAACAAGAAAAAGAACAAAAUAAUAUAGGACAAAUAGUCCCCACGUUAGGUUUCUGGAAAUUGUUUGGGUGUCUCAAUUCUAUAUUUAGUACUUUAUCUCUAAGCAGUUAGUCCAUUACACAGUAAUUAUAUACUUAAAAUAUAUAAAUGUGGUCCCUGAUACAUAUGCACUUUGCCAUCUAAAUUUCUUAAUCAUAGAACUAAAUGUUGCCAGGCGUUAUGGUGCAGGUGGACCUCUAUGAGUUCAAGGGCAGCCUGGUCUACACAGUGAGUUCCAGGACAGCCAGAGACCUACAAUAGGGAAACCUUGCCUCAAAAACACCAAAAUAAGAAAAUAACUAACCUCUCCCACCCCCAAAAAAGUAAAUUUUGCUGGGAAGAUGGUUCAGCAGGUAAGGGUACUUGCCUCCAAGUCUUAACAACCUGACUUCUUUCCCUAGUACCCACAUGAUGGAAGGAGAAAGCCAACUCCCCCAAGUUCUUCUCUGACAUGCAUGUGCCUUACACCCUCCCUGUCCCUGCAAAAAAUAUAUGAUCAUGCAUCUUACAUAUCAGUGCACCUUUAGCAGCUUACAGUAUGAAGGCAGAUUUCUGUUAAACUGGGUCUGUUGUUUGCUUAGGCAGUAGGAUUGCAGAAGCAACAAAAACUGUUCCUGAAGUCUUUCUCUGCCACUCUGACCGUUGAGUUUCCUGUGGUACAGGAUUUAAGCUAUGAAAACCUCAGCACAUCACCACAUUAGCAGAAUGGUCUCAGUGUUGGGAAAACUGAUUCCAGGCUUGGUAGAGCUACGCUUGAUUUGAAUUCCCCCAUGAAACAUUCAAAUCAAGACUAAAGACAUAAAUGUGAAAUAAAACUGUGAACCUUCAUUGAUCUAACUUCCUAGAUUGGAUCAAUAUAUACUUAGGUGGUAUUGAAAAUGGUAAACUACUUAAUUUAAAUCUCAAAAUUUAAAUUACAAGGUUUACAUCAAAACCAACACUUCACAAAUGCACUUUUAAGGUAUUAUAAGGGGUAAUUUAAGCAGUAAAUGGUUUCUUGGCACCCAUAACCAAGUAAUUGCUAAUUUAGAGAUGGGAUUUUUAUUGCUAUAUGAGAAUUCCACUUAAACUUGUGGGUGUUUUAUAUAAAGCAGACCUCACAAGUUUUGUAACUUUGUUACCUUUAAUAUUUCUUUUAGAGAAUGGUUUUUAUCCAUAAUAAAAAAAAUUCUACAGAAGUGCUGCUUCAAUCUAGUCCCAUUUGAGAAAACAUUAAUAACUGGAUGAAUUAUCACCCUGAAAACUUAUUUAUUGCAUUAAACUUAGUUCAGGCUUGAUAAAGCACUCCAGAAGUUUUUAUAAAACUGUCACUGCUUCUAAUGCAUUUUGUUUUAAAAGAGAGUAAUUUGCAGAACGUCUACUGUGUCUUAAGGGAAGUAAGGAGGCACCUGUAUAAGACCACCAAGGUUGUGUUCAGAUUCUCAGUGCUGACCUUGAAUGUAAGAUUUACACUGUUAAACUGUAGGCUGCUCCUUAGCGCAGUGUGCAGCCUGCAUCCACCCAGAGUGGCUGUAACCAUUUUGAUAGGUAAUGGAUAAUGACCAGUGAAAAAUAAACCAAAGAACUAGAGUAUUUUAUCCUUAACCUUUGUAAACCAUGUUUCAUGAAUAGCUUUUCAGUUCUUCCUAAAGGCUGAUAUGCUUCAAUUUGGAAACCAUGUUGAUUUUGAGUGGACAGAAGUAAUCUAAUCAACUACCAUUAUGUUUUAAACUAAGGAAUAUACCUUUCAAUAAAGUUAUUGAAAUGUAA